AUGCAUUCUUAUGUAUGUUCUCUCCAUAGGCUUAGCUGUAAUCCUGUGCAGCUGUUUGAUGCUGAGCUUGAGAAGUAUUGUCCUGACAACAUGAUCAAAAUUAAGCGGACCCUAGAGAACGAGGUGAGACAGUGCCAGGUCGUAAUUAUCUGGACUGAUUGUGACCGAGAGGGAGAGAACAUUGGCUUUGAGGUCAUAGAUGUCUGCAAAGCAGUGAAACCCAAUUUACAAGUGUUUCGAGCAAAGUUCUCAGAGAUCACUCCAAACUCCAUCCAGAGAGCAUGUGAGACCCUGAUUGAACCGGAUGUUAACAUUAGUGAUGCUGUUGAUGUUCGUCAGGAGUUGGACCUAAGGAUAGGGGCAUCCUUUACUCGAUUUCAGACGCUCCGCCUUCAAAAAAUCUUCCCAGACUCCCUGGCCAAUCAGCUUAUUUCAUAUGGCAGCUGUCAGUUCCCCACUCUGGGCUUUGUGGUCGAACGGUUUAAAGCAAUACAAGCGUUCAUACCUGAGACCUUCUACAAGAUCAAAGUGCUCCAUGAAGUUGAGGAGGAUGCUGUAGAGUUCAGCUGGAAAAGAAACCGUCUUUAUAACCACACAGCCUGCUUGGUUCUCUACCAGAUCUGCAUGGAGGAUCCCAUAGCAACAGUCACCUCAGUAACCAGUAAACCGAAGAGUAAAUGGAGACCACUACCUUUGGACACUGUGGAGCUGGAGAAACUUGCAUCACAGAAGCUAAAAAUCAAUGCCAAGGAGACCAUGAAAAUUGCAGAAAAACUCUACACCCAAGGGUUCAUCAGUUAUCCCCGCACAGAGACUAACAUAUUCCCCAAAGACCUGCCACUGGGCCCUCUGGUCGAGCAGCAGACCCAAAGCCCUGUAUGGGGGACAUUUGCACUGCGGGUCUUGGACCAGCCUGGGGGGCCCAAUCCACGACAGGGCAAGAAGUCUGAUCAUGCCCAUCCCCCCAUACAUCCUACUAAAUAUGCCAACAGCCUGCAGGGCAAUGAAGGCCGUAUCUAUGAGUUCAUCGUUCGCCACUUCCUGGCCUGUUUGUCCCAGGAUGCCAUGGGCCACGAGACAACUGUAAACAUUGAUAUCGCCCAAGAGAAAUUCUCUGCCUCAGGGCUCAUGAUCAUUGCAAGAAACUACCUGGAUGUUUACCCCUAUGACAAAUGGAGCACAAAGCUGAUUCCAGUGUAUGAGCAAGGCUCACAGUUCCAGCCCUUAGCAAUAGAGAUGGUAGAUGGAGAGACCAGCCCACCCCAGCUACUCACAGAGGCCGACCUUAUCUCACUGAUGGAGAAACAUGGCAUAGGCACAGAUGCAACCCAUGCUGAGCACAUUGAGACCAUAAAGAGCCGCAAUUACGUGGGCUUGACUGCUGACCAGAGAUUCCUUCCUGGAGAACUGGGCAUGGGACUCGUGGAGGGUUAUAACUCCAUGGGUUAUGAAAUGUCCAAACCUAACUUGCGCUCGGAGCUGGAGGCGGACCUCAAGCUGGUAUCUGAGGGAACGAAGGACAAACGGAGUGUCCUGCUGCACCACAUCAACAAGUACAAGGCUGUCUUCGUUCAGUCUGUCAGGAAGGCCAAGAAGUUAGACGAAGCCCUGGCCCCGUAUCUCGGCGCGGCACAGGAUUUCAUAGAACCAGCGCAGCAGGACAUGGACAUUCCCCUCCCAGUCAGGAAGUGCCCUCACUGUGGGCGGAACAUGGUGCUGAAACAAAAGAGGGAGGGGAACGGUAAGUUCCUAACAUGCGUGGGCUAUCCAGCCUGUAAGACUGCAGUGUGGUUCCCGGACUUUGUGCUGGAGGUCAACCGAGAUAAAAGCGUGUGUCCCACCUGCAAGCCCCAUCCUGUUCACAUGUUAAAGUUCAAGUUCCGCCGAGGUAGCAUCCCUCCCAUGUUGCCUCUGGAGUUUGUUGGCUGCAUCGGCGGAUGUGAUGAAACGCUGAGAGAAGUUCUUGACCUGAAAUACCUCCGAGCACCAGCAGCAGGAGAAGGAGGGGGAAUAGGGGCAGCAGAAAGAGUUGGAGGGGUUCAUCAUCAUCCACCAGCCCCCAGAGCAGAUCACCCCAGAGACCCCUGGUUGAAUCCACAGCCCUCCCUCCCACCUCCCACCCCCUCCUGGGGCCCCUUUCCUCCCCCGGGCAACGGCAGUGGCGGCGCUCACAUCAACCCCAGUAGUGAUGUCAUCGUGUGUAACUGUUCGCAGGAAGCUGUCCUCCUCACCGUCCGGAAAGACGGCCCCAACCAGGGGCGCCAGUUCUACAAGUGCGACGCCGGGAACUGUAACUUCUUCCUGUGGGCAAACCCGCCAAGCCAACAGUGGCCAAUGCAGCCAUCAACAUCAACAAGCUCCCAAGCUCCCAGGCUCUCCGUGGGCUUGGGGAACAUCCCUGAGAGAGGGAAAACGGUUGGGGGAAGACACUUGAAUGAAAUGAAGUGUUACUGUAUGGAGGUCGCAGUGAUGCGCACGGUACAGAAGGAGGGUCCUAAUAAAGGACGUACAUUCUACGCCUGCGGGAAACCCAGGGACCAGCAGUGUAACUUCUUUAAGUGGGCCGACGAGAAUGUUCCUCCUUCAGACUCAGGCGGUUUUACUGGUGGAUUUGGUGAUGGGGGAGACAGAGGAAGAAAUGGAAGGAAGACAACUGGAGGUCCUGCUAUUAACAAACCACCUGCUGCUAAGAAACCUCGUGCUUGUGGCAUCUGCCGCAUGCCGGGACACACACGAAAUAACUGUCCCCAGCGUGACAAUCUAUGAUAAAGAACCCAAGCUGUUAUUGUGACAUUGUUCUGGAAAAACUUUUGAAGUUGUGCACGUGCUCGGACUGGAAGUGUCUCGACACACCGUACUGCUAGUGCUGCUGUAUUACACCAGUAAUGAGAUCUGGGUUUAACUGUUAAAUUUUCAACCCAGGAUUCAACCUGGUGUCAGCCUUUAUUAAUCCAGGAAUCCAUAUUUUUAAUGAUUUUGUUUUCUUGGGUUACACAUUAGUUUCAGCAGGACUGAUGGAUCUUUUCAGGGUCUUAGUCAGAGAGCCAUGGGAUUUGUGUUAGGAGGACGGGCGUGAAGGGUGACCAGGUAUAAGUGAGACUGAGAAAAGGUCAUCCUUGAAGACUUAAAAAUGUAGAAUUAUAUUCUACAGCGCUGUGAAUGUGUAGCAGUCAUAAUCUUUACAUGACCUUGAAUUUGUACACUGCUCUUUGUUCUAACCGGGCUCUCAAUUUGACAUUUUGGCCCCGGAGAAGGUUCUGCAUAUAAAAGAGAGAGCCAAACCAUUAAUUUUAUUUGGAUCUUUUAGCAGAUACCCUAGUUUUAAGAUGUUUUACAAAUUAAUUGGAAAUUUGCUCAGCUGCCUUUAAAUCAAUUAAACCUAUCAUUUAUUGUGUGCCCCCCAUCUCACCCCCACCCCCUUUUCACAAGUCCCCUGAACAUGACAGACGGCAGUUUGAGAGAGGCUGUGUUAAGUGUGAAAAUUAAUAAAUUUUUGUGUUGUUAGCCUACGUUAAUAGGUCAACUUGCAAUCAUUUUCAUCCAAACAGUGAGUGGUGAUGAUGAAUAUGAUAUAUGCUGUUACCCAGGACCAAAGCAUUUUGUAUUUGUAGAACUGUCUAGCCAUUGAAAGAAACAAAACAGUAAACAAUGUUUUUUUUGUGCAAAUACAAAGCAAACACUUGUUUCCUUAUUGCAAUUUUAAAGGAUGUCAAU